AUAAAAAAUGAUGUUUAUUUAUGAAAUUGAUCAAAAAAAAAUUGAUUAUCUUACUUAAAGAGGAGCAAACACGUUCGAGGGUUUAGAAUCGAAGGUAAAAACAGCCCUCACUUCGUUGUUUCAUUACGAGCAACCGUGGGGGGUGUAAUAUUCAAAAGGUGGAGGGGGCGUCCAAAUGAUAGGGUGAGCGUCCCUCGGCGUCGCGACGCCGUAGUACAAAACACGCGUUCGUUUCGAAAAGCGUCUCUUCACGGUCGACGUCGGUCGGUGCGCUCCAAUAAAUUUUAAAUAUUACGUUUUUUCCAAAUCAGAAAUGUGUCUUUCUUAUAAACUAAUUUAUUAAAAAAUUCUUAUUGAGUGCCCCUUUACAUUUUUAGCGCAUUUUUGGAGAUUAAUCCGUUGUUAAAAUGAAUAACACGAUCCCGUUCCAAAUUCAAAUUAGACGGAACCAUUUGAAAAUCAAAAAUCGAUCGAGAAUCUUCAUCGUCACGGCUCGGAAAUGUUGAGCAACGUUGGAUAUGAAUCUGUUGACUCCGUUCGUGUGCUUACUUGUUGUAAUUACAAGAAGCGAUGGAGACGGAACAAUUCAGGGUUUGGACCUCUUAAUGGCGCCAUCUCACACAGCUCUCAGCGGGGAUUUCCACGUACAGAUCAGAUCCUCUUUGUUCCCGCCCCUUCUAUUACAGCUGUCCAGAUUGGAUCAGAACAACUCCGUACAAACGCUAACGACUUUCCCGGUACUUCCGGAAGCUCGGUCAUUAUCCAGGAACUUAACCAUCGUUAAGAUACCUUGCGGAUAUUUUUCGAAAGGUGGUCAAUAUUAUAUUUUGCUUAAAAAGAAACCGAUCGGCGAAAAUAAAAAUGGAAACGAUCGCGAAGAGAUGAUUACAAGAAGUUUAGACGUUCGAUGGCCUAUGCCUCAAUUAUUAUUAACACCGGAACAUAUCCAAACAUAUCCAGAAGAACCUGUUACGGCAAUUUUGGAAUUUCCUGAGGUUGUUUGCCCUCCGAUUAUUGAUACACCACCGAGUGCUAUACCGGAGUUUUGGUUGGAACUUCAUUAUUGCGGACAUUCCAUUUUAAUGUGUGAUGACCCAGCUUGGAAUAAAAGUGCACAGGUAUUAUAUUCAGAACAGAUUCGGGGAUUCCCCGGAAGAAGAAUUUUAACGUUACGUUGUGAAUUAUUCGGAUUGGCUGGGCAUUACUCGUUAACUUUGCGACCGACGAUAUCGACACCAUCUAUACCAAGAACUGCAACUUACGUUAAAGCUGAAUGGAGUAAACAAUUUGUGUUUAACGUGCACGCUUCGAGUAUAUUUCCGUGUGGACUUCACUCUCAAGGAAUAAAAGUGUUAUUCGAGUACCCUUCCUGUAUAUUAAACUCGGGUGACAAAGUUCGUGUCUUCGCCAAACAGAGGGCGGACGUUGCGUCGCUACUACCACCUACACAGUUAAAAUAUGUAGCGGAACAGCGUGUCGUCAGAGGUCAGCACAGUCUUCAUUUCAGUUGUGAACUCUUUUCGGAACGUUACGUUGAAUACUGCUUCGUAUAUGUUAGCCAGGCGAUUACUGGAGCUGUUGCUGACGUUAGGAUUGAUUGUGUGCCUACACUUCCUGUUAGAGAGUCGGAAAACGGCGGUUGGGGUCCUUGGACGCAGUGGACGCCUUGUUCUAGUACGUGUAUAGGUGGGACGAAAAGUAGAUAUAGAUUUUGUGAUUCCCCCCAACCAGCUUACGGAGCAAAAUAUUGUGAGGGGGAAGCAAUUCAAACUGAAAAAUGCGGUUUAUCAAUUGGCAAUAAUUGGGAGUGUUUUUACAGCAAUUCUUUAAUAUCAACGAAUAUGGUUGCGAAUAUCCCCGAAGUUAGAGAAGAAGUUAGCGAGCAUUGUAGAUGUGGAUGCACAAUUAUUUUAGGGCAAGAUAAACCAAGAAGAUUAUUAGCAACUUCCUCGCAAAGUUGCCCAGAGAGAACUUUUUGGUUAAUAAGGGCUGAAGAAGAUUACGUGAUUGAAUUCAAAGUGGAGCACAUUUUUCUUCCAUGCGAAACGCAAUGGUUAAAAAUACGAGAUGGUUCCUCUUUAUCCGACAAUCUCUUAGAAGAUUUAAGAGGGUACCCAAAUCCGACACCCAGCGUUGUAAACUCGACCGGUCCAAACCUCCUAUUAGAAUUCUUUGGAAACGAAGAUUACAGCACGCAAAGUUGUGGUGGAGGAUUCGUCGCGCAAGCUGCCCAAAAAUUAAAACCUCUACGAAACCACUCUUUACCAAUCGCCCAAGAAAUGGGCGUCCUCACUUUAUCAGCUAAAUUAACUGCAAUUCACAUCGCGAUAAUUUUCUUCUUGGGCGGCCUUUUGAUUGCAACGCUUCUUUUAGGAGCUCAAUACAUUUUUAAAUAUCGAAAAUAUCAUAUUGCUAAAGCUGAAGAUCAGGAUUCUUUGACGGAUUCGACGGGUUCUUGUGCUGCUUUAACGGUGAAAAAUCGAGCGAUAUCGAAUUCUACGUUGUUGACGGAAGUUAUUUCUUUGACUCGAUUAAGACCUAGUGUUAGAUCUAGGAAUAAACAUAGUCGGUUAAGGGAAUCUGUCGAACAUGAACCCGAAGAAAGAGAAGCAACGUUAGC